UUGUACAUCAAACGUGAAGAGAUACAUAUGUUGGAUUGGAUGGUCCAAUUAUUUACUCCAAAAGUUUGGUACGCAAUACUGUGGACGUAUCUUUUGCUAAGCAUUUGCAGUUACGCUUGUCAAAAGACAGCGGUGGCACUUAUAUAUCAGAAGUUGCAUGUAAAACUGAGCGACCACGUAUUCUACAAUUUUGGCGUGAUGUGUGGUCAAAAUUAUAUUCCGCCAAGUCUUCUCAACAGCUCGAACCUAGUGGAACUAUGGUUGAAUAUAUUUUCUACCUUAAUUAGAACAUGUUUCGGUGCAAUUGCACUUUGUUAUAUGGCGAAAACUAUUACCGUACCACCUUUCUCAGAUCUAUCUACUUUAAUUAGCAGCUCCUCGUACCAUCUUCUUGUGAAAUCGGGUUCUUUGAUGCAUAUAUUAUUGAAGGCAAGCAACUAUUCUGUUAUGAUAGCAUUAAGAGAAGCAGAACGAUAUACUACCGUAGAAACGAUAGAUGAGCUAUACAGGAUAGGAUGUUCAACGAACAAGCUGUUUGCUAUAUCUCAAAGCGUAGACAUAAAGAAAGCUACUGGCCUGUACAUCUGUCGAUUAAAUCCAGUAGGAGAAUCUGUUUACACAGUAGUGAUAAGUUCUGGAAUUGCGCGGAAUUUCGAGUACAAGAAAAGCAUCGAUAUCGGAAUAAUAAAACUAUACGAAUUCGGCAUAAUGAACCGAUUAAAGCAGUACUGGAUAGAAUCAAACAACGUGGAGGAAGAAGAAAGUAAUGAAAUAGAUCCGGUUAAUAUGGAAGAAGUGUUUCUGAUGCUAGUUGUAUUCGGUAUAGGAGUGUUAACAGCUCUUGUUAUCCUUAUACUUGAAAAGCUCACUGAUCCAUAUUUUGCUGCAUUUAAUCAGGAAAUUAUUAAUCGAAGUCGAGAACGAGAAACGCACAAUUUCCAAGGGAAAGUUGUACGAUUCACUUAUUUUGAGCAAAAGAAUCUCGUCAGCGCAGAAGCAAAUGGCACCAAAGUGUCGGGGGCGAUUGGAGAAAUGUGGCACAUUUUAGCGCAACACCUAAAUUUCACAUUAAAACCAAUCUUAAGCAAAUAUCCAACAUUAGGAGGUAGGCUUCCUAAUGGAUCUUUCGAUAAUGGAUUAUUGAAGAUUAUUCAAGCAAAUGAAACGGAUGUGAUACCAAGAGUGGAAGCUUCUAGCAAACGAACCGAUGCUGCUCAGUUUUCUAUGCCUUUAUGGAUAACCAGUCAACGAUUUUACAUCAAACGUAACGAGCAACAUCUGUUGGAUUGGAUGGUGCAAUUAUUCGCUCCAAAAGUCUGGUACGCAAUAGUGUGGACGUAUCUUUUGCUAAGCGUUUGCAGUUACGCUUGUCAAAAGACAGCGGUGGCCCUUACAUAUCAGAAGUUGCAUGUAAAACUGAGUGACCACGUAUUCUACAAUUUUGGCGUGAUGUGUGGUCAAAAUUAUAUUCCGCCAAGUCUUCUUAACAGCUCGAACCUAGUCGAAUUAUGGUUGAAUAUAUUUUCUACCCUAAUUAGAACAUGUUUCGGUGCAAUUGCACUUUGUUAUAUGGCGAAAACUUUUACCGUACCACCUUUUUCAGACCUAUCUACUUUAAUCAACAGUUCCUCGUACCAUAUUCUUGUGAAAUCGGGUUCUUUUGCGCAUAUAACAUUGAUGACAGUCAACGAUCCUUAUGUAAUGGCAAUAAGAAAAACGAAACGAUAUACCGUCGUAGAAACAAUAGAUGAGCUAUACAGAAUGGGAUGUUCAACGAACAAGCUAUUUACUGUAGUUCAAACCACAGACAGAAAGAAAGCUAAUGGCUUGCGCAUCUGUCAAUUAAAGCCAGUGGGAGAAUCAGUUUACACGGUAGUGAUAAGUUCUGGAAUUGCGCGAAAUUUCGAGUACAAGAAAAGCAUCGACGUUGGAAUAAUAAAACUAUACGAAUUCGGCUUAAUGAACCGAUUAAAGCAGUACUGGAUAGAAUCAAACAACGUGGAGAAAGAAGAAAGUAAUGAAAUAGAUCCGGUUAAUAUGGAAGAAGUGUUUCUGAUACUAAUUAUAUUCGGUAUAGGAGUGUUAACAGCUCUUGUUAUCCUUAUACUUGAAAAGCUCACGUUUUAUUAUACUAAUUAAGAUUGUUUUCCUCCCCUUCGAAAUGUUACUAAUUAAUGAAUAAUUCUACAUGAAAUAAUUAUUAUAUUAUACGUCCAACGUUUCGGAACGUACUGUCUGAGCGACUGAUUCAACAUCAGAAGACGGAGCUUCCUGUUCGUUUUUUGGUAAUACAAAAGUUUUUGCAGCUACUUCUUGCGGUUGCAAUUCAUAUUAAAUAAAUGCUUCUCAAAUACUACAUAAUCUAAAAUAUCCAUUUUCACUGUUUCGCUACCCAACACCCAACAUAGAUCGUCCGGAUCUAUCGUAAAUGCACAGUAUAUGAAAAGUAAUUUCUUAUAUAACAAUCUGGAUACAAUACGUACAUUGUAAGAAAUAAUGCAAUAAUGACGAACCUACGAAUCAGUGUAUGU